AUGCCGGCCCGAGAAUAUUACACCAAGAAUGCGUUGUUGGAGUUUUACACUCAGGACGAUGAUAAACGACUGCAGAUUCAGCGUUUAUCUGGGGAUAGACUCCCUGUGGAUCACUGCUACAUCAAUCUCAAUGUCGUGGACUCCGAUCAAGGCGAUGAGGUGCCGCUGGAAAGCCUGUUCGAUUCUCGGGAACAGGGUGGCAGGAAGAUCUGGCCGAAAAAGAUUUUCAUUGAAGGACAGGCAGGUGUUGGAAAAACAACGCUUUGCAAGAAAGUCGUUCACGAUUUCCUGUAUCGAAAUCUGUGGUCUGAUUGCUUCGACUGGAUUUUGUGGCUGCCACUGCGACAUCUCAAGGGUAAACAUGCCGAUUCUUAUUCCAUGAGAGACCUAUUCCACCACGAGUACUUCUCCCAGCACCAGGAUUCGGCGCUCUUGGCAGACACUUUGGAUUCAAUCGUAGCCUGGAAUAGCGCUCGGGUGCUCUGGCUGUUGGAUGGCCUAGAUGAAGUCUCCCAAGACUGGGAUGCCGAUUCACCUAUGGGCCGCUUUUUGCAAACUCUGCUCAAGCAGCCUCAAACUAUUAUCAGUUCACGUCCAUACUCAACUAAGCAGCUAAGCGUGGUAAAGCAGGACUUGAAGCUGCGAACGGUGGGCUUUCACGCUGAGCAAAUUGAGAACUACGUACGCGCCAAAGAAAUCCACCCAGACCCUGAAACAGCCGAUAAAAUCUGGGAAUUCAUCGACGAGCAUUCGCGAAUUAGAGAUAUUGCGCAGAUCCCGAUCCAACUCGAUGCCCUCUGCUAUACUUGGAAAGAACCUUUAGGUAAUAGCAAUACAGCCAGGACUAUGACUACCAUCUACCAGGCGAUCUGCGUGGAGCUACUACGGAAGGACCUGUGGCGCAGGGAGAAAACAAUCGACGGCAGAACCCUGACAGAACAACAGACGGAAGGGCUGUCGGAGUUUGAGGUGCAGCUACACAUGAAGGAGGAAAUCAAUCUCCUCGAGGCGCUGGCCUUCCAUGGCCUACUCGCCAGCAUCAUUGAUUUUGAUGCUCCAGUACGAAGUCAGAUCUAUCAACAUCUCCUGAAUGGCAAUGUUCUUGUCCCGAGGUUACACGAGAGCACAAUCAAAGAGAUAAGCUUUCUUCGUUCUUCAGAUGCCACCGACAAUGCCCAGCAAAGCUUUCACUUCUUACACUUGACAGUUCAAGAGUUCUUCGCUGCCCGAUUUUUCGCGAAACACUGGACCACCCAGGCCACGAUACACAGCUUGACACUGAAUGGCCGCACAGACACUGAUAUCCCACCCCAAGUCUUCAUGGCAAGAGAGAAAUACAACGUUCGCUAUGAGGUGUUCUGGAGAUUUGUGGCCGGAUUUCUGUAUGUCGGAUACAACCACCAAAAGCCAAGCGAGGAGCACACGGCAGCAUUCCUCGAGGCCAUGAAAAACAAACCCCGAGAUAUGUUGGGCCCCAUGCAUAGCAAGCUCAUGAUGCGCUUGUGGAGUGAAGUACCCGCAUCGAACAAUAUUGCUAGGCUGAGAUCUCUGCGUCAGAGUCACUACCAACAGCUCGCCCGGUGGAGCUCUUUCGAGGCCACAGCCUAUGAUAAAGGGGAGCUUGCAGAGGAGGCAGAAUAUCCGGAUGCAGUUCUAUAUUCUCUCUUGAAACACCGAAGUUCUGACGUCAGACUACAUGUUCUGAAUGUCAUUGCUCAGCGCAGAGUCUCGACAAGACUCACAGACUUGAUAGCCUCCUGGGUAGACCAAUCAGACGGCGUGACAUCUAAAUCUCUCAAGAUACUGGAACGUUUGGAUCUGUCGCUUGAGAUCUUACAGUCUAUGACCUAUCUUGUUUACAAACAAAUCAGUUCUUACGACUCGCCAUUCGACAUUGUAAAGAAAUCAUUAUGCCGCCAUUCGCUAACGUCUCCAAGUAUUCUAGGCUAUGUCUGCUCUUUACUGGACCACAAAUCCUUCAUCGUGCGAAAAUUGGCUGUGGGGGUUCUGGCCCAGCAUCCUCUCUUGCCACGCAGUAUGGCGGACUGGCUUGACCAAGAGGGGCACUUCGGUGAUUGUCUGGUAAAGGAUUUACGAACUACGGUCUGGCAGCAGCUCUUGCCAUCUCAAAACAUUCGGGAGGACAUUGUACGAAGGUUGAAGCAUAUCGAUCCCGCAGUGCGAGGAGUAGCUGCCUUGAUCCUCGGCGGUCGAUCAGAUUUAUCGAAGCCAACAUUUGAAGCGGUGGCAGAGUUGUUGAGCGACACAAAGUGGUCUGUUCGAGAAGCAGCCGCCAAAGCUCUACGUGGUCAAUCGGAACUUCCACACCAUGUGCUAGAUCGGGUGGCGGGCUUGCUAGGGGAUCAUCAUCCACUCGUUAGAUAUCAGGCAGUCAAAACCUUGACAAAGUACCCCGAUGAUGAGCUAAAGUAUCUCGAUGAUCUGGUACUCAGGCUGGAAGACCCAGAUUUCUCUGUGGCGUACAAAGCAUCCGAGGCCAUCAGGAAGCACCCAAAAGUCCCGCGCGAGUUGCUUUAUCAUCUGUUUGCUCAGAUGAUCGAUCCGCAAGAUCACCAUACGUCAAGGUUCGAUCCAAUAUUCCGGAGCGCUCUCAGGCGAGGUCUGCCUCCAGAUUUGGGCAAUAGACUCCUAGAUCUGGCGGAAUUGGCGGAUAUAGAAGGAGAAGGAGGAGAAGGAGAAGAAGAGGAAGGAGACGUUGAGCACAUCUUGGAUCUUCUCGGAGAACAACCAUUCCUGCCUCCCGGAAAGCUCCUCCAACUCAGUGAAAGAUUUGUGACGAGUGAUGACCGGAUCGCUAGGGCGGUGGUCAAGACUCUCGUGGCGCAAGCCCACUUGCCGCCGCCUCUGAUCCUUGCGCUCACGCGAUUCCUCGAUCGUGCCGACAAAGCGCUGGUCCUCGAUGCCACACUCUGGCUGCUGGAACAGUCCGAGCUGCCCCACGAGGCUCUCGCCCUCAUGGCAGGAAUGCUCCCCACCGUCCCAAUCCCGGAGUUCCCGGCGAUCAUCCUGUCAAGACAGCCUCCCCUGCCGCGCGAGAUCCUGAACCUCGCCCUCUCCGCGUUUCGCCUGGCCACAGACGAACGCUACGCGGAGAUCCACGAGGCGCUCGAGCGGCAUGACGCAUUCUACCGCAUGCUGCCCCAGCUACCCGUGCACGACCUCCAGCGGCUGUGCCGGAUCUGGCUGCGGCGGAGCUUCGGCGAACGCGUGCAUUUCUACUUCCGCGACGGAUCGCUCGUGGUGGACACCCCGGAUUUUCAGGGCGCGAUCCCGAUGCCGCGGUAUCAGCGGAUCAAGCUGCGGCUGAUCUUCCGGCUCACCGUGGUGGCAUGUACGCGGGCAUCGGAGAUCGAGCGGGCUCGAAGCUGGAUCCGCGGGUCAGUUGCGUGGACGAGCAGCCAUUCACCGUGGGCUUUGGCUCUGGUGGCAGCGCUCCUUGCCGUUAUUCUUAGGGGAGUAUUAUGCUCGACUUGAUAGGACAAUCUUCUUCCAGGUCCCUAGUUCGUUCUCGAGCGCCUGCCGCCGCCACAAGUCAUGGCAUGCACCUCGCUCUCCCAGCGCGCAUGAGGUAGCUUCAAUCUAGUACGCAUAAUGCUUCCGGUAGCUAGUGGUUCAGCAGCAUGGUCCGAUCCAUGAUUCUGGGUGCGAAAGGUCAAAGAAGACACCUUCUUCAUCUUGGUUAUGUCUGCAGAGCGUGAAGCCUUUUCAAAUCCCGCCUAGUAUUUUAAUUUUGGGUACAUUUCAACCUUACAUCCUCAUUAUCUCAUGAAUACUAUGUAAUGCUUACAAUGUUAUACACAGCCUGUUUACUUAACUGAAUCCCUCUACCAUCC